CUAUGCAUAGAGAGAGGAGAGAGGAGUGAGGAGAGAGGAGAGAGAGAAUUGUAAAAAAAAAAAAAAUGCCAUCACAAGAAUCCCAAGAGGAGAUAAAGAGAGACAUAGAGCAGUGGAGAUGGUCUGAAAUGCAAGGUCUUGAACUUGUAUCUGAAAACCCACCAAUCCCAAAUCCAAAUCCCAACUUAGACCCACUCAGUGAAGAAGACAAAGAAGCUCAAAAUAGCCUACAGAGAAGAAGAUUAGAAAUGGAAACCGAGGGGCAAAAUAGUAAAAAUGAUGGAGACAAAGAGAAGAAGAAGGAGAAAAGCGUCAGUGAUCCAACAGUUGGGUUCGGAGAGCUGUUUAGAUUUGCAGAUGGAUUGGAUUAUGUAUUGAUGGGUAUUGGAACAGUUGGUGCUUUCGUUCAUGGCUGUUCUUUGCCUAUUUUUCUCAGAUUCUUUGCUGAUCUUGUCAAUUCAUUUGGGUCCAAUGCCAAUAACAUCGAUAAAAUGUCUCAAGAAGUCUUAAAGUACGCAUUCUACUUUCUUGUGGUUGGAGCUGCAAUUUGGGCAUCUUCAUGGGCAGAGAUAUCAUGUUGGAUGUGGACAGGAGAGCGACAAUCGACGAAAAUGAGGAUCAAAUACUUAGAAGCUGCACUUAGUCAAGACAUCCAGUUCUUCGACACAGAAGUCCGAACUUCAGAUGUUGUCUUUGCUAUCAACACCGAUGCUGUUAUGGUUCAAGAUGCCAUUAGUGAGAAGCUGGGGAAUUUUAUACACUAUAUGGCGACAUUUGUGUCUGGUUUUGUGGUGGGAUUCACAGCAGUUUGGCAAUUGGCGCUUGUAACACUAGCUGUAGUGCCUCUUAUUGCAGUAAUCGGAGGUAUUCACGCCACCACAUUAGCUAAACUCUCUUCUAAAAGCCAUGAAGCUCUUUCACAAGCUGGAAAUAUUGCUGAACAGACCAUCGUACAAAUUCGGACUGUUUUGGCAUAUGUGGGUGAAUCAAGAGCAUUACAAGCCUAUUCAGCAGCAUUAAAAAUCUCACAAAGACUCGGAUACAAAAGUGGGUUUUCUAAAGGAUUCGGAUUAGGUGCAACGUAUUUCACUGUCUUUUGUUGCUACGCACUUCUUCUAUGGUAUGGAGGUUAUCUUGUUCGACACCAUCACACCAAUGGAGGUCUCGCCAUUGCCACCAUGUUCUCCGUCAUGAUUGGUGGACUUGCUUUAGGCCAAUCUGCUCCAAGUAUGUCUGCAUUUGCAAAAGCCCGAGUAGCUGCAGCAAAAAUCUUUCGAAUAAUUGACCACAAACCGAGCGUUGACCGAAAUUCUGAAUCGGGUUUGGAGUUAGACUCUGUUUCAGGGCUUGUGGAACUUAAAAAUGUCGACUUUUCAUACCCUUCAAGGCCAGAUGUAAAAAUUUUAAAUAAUUUUAGUUUAAGUGUUCCUGCUGGUAAAACUAUUGCUUUGGUCGGAAGCAGUGGCUCUGGAAAAAGCACGGUGGUUUCCCUCAUUGAAAGGUUUUAUGAUCCCACUUCAGGACAAGUAUUGCUUGAUGGGCAUGACAUUAAAGGACUUAAAUUGAAAUGGUUAAGGCAACAAAUUGGAUUAGUUAGUCAAGAACCAGCAUUAUUUGCUACAACCAUUCAAGAAAACAUACUUUUGGGUCGACCCGAUGCAUCCAUGGUUGAGAUUGAGGAAGCUGCCCGUGUUUCCAAUGCUCAUUCUUUCAUUAUCAAAUUACCCGAUGCCUAUGAUACUCAGGUUGGGGAAAGAGGUUUACAGUUAUCCGGUGGACAGAAACAGAGAAUAGCGAUAGCGAGGGCAAUGUUAAAGAAUCCGGCGAUCCUGCUUUUGGAUGAGGCAACGAGUGCUUUGGAUUCUGAAUCGGAAAAGUUAGUUCAAGAAGCUUUGGACCGGUUUAUGAUCGGAAGGACAACUCUGGUAAUUGCCCACCGUCUCUCCACCAUACGAAAGGCGGAUGUGGUGGUGGUUUUGCAGCAAGGUGGUGUUUUGGAAAUGGGAACUCAUGAUGAGCUUUUUGCAAAGGGCGAAAAUGGUGCAUAUGCUAAACUUAUUAAGAUGCAAGAAAUCGCCCAUGAAACCGCCAUGAAUAAUGCAAGAAAGAGUAGCGCCAGGCCUUCGAGUGCAAGGAACUCAGUGAGUUCACCAAUAAUCACCCGCAACUCAUCAUACGGGCGAUCCCCGUACUCCCGGCGGCUGUCGGAUUUCUCAACCUCCGAUUUUAGUCUAUCAAUCGAAGGUGGAUACCCUAGUUAUCGUCACGAGAAGCUUCCAUUUAAGGAACAAGCAAGUUCCUUUUGGCGGCUAGCGAAAAUGAACUCACCCGAAUGGACAUACGCUUUAAUCGGGUCGGUUGGGUCCGUGAUCUGUGGGUCCCUCAGUGCCUUUUUUGCUUACGUUCUAAGUGCAGUCCUGAGUGUAUACUACAAUCCCGAUCAUGAAUAUAUGGUUAAAGAAAUCGGGAAAUAUUGUUAUCUUCUAAUCGGGGUGUCAUCAGCUGCACUCAUCUUCAACACUUUACAACAUUUUUUCUGGGAUGUGGUUGGUGAAAAUUUGACUAAACGAGUCAGAGAGAAGAUGCUGGCUGCAGUUUUGAAGAAUGAAAUGGCGUGGUUUGAUCAAGAGGAGAACGAGAGCUCAAGAAUCGCGGCCAGGUUGUCUCUAGAUGCUAAUAAUGUCCGGUCAGCUAUUGGUGACCGGAUUUCAGUCAUUAUGCAGAACUCCGCCCUCAUGUUGGUGGCCUGCACCGCUGGUUUUGUUCUCCAGUGGCGGCUCGCUCUUGUUCUUGUUGCUGUUUUUCCCGUGGUGGUGGCUGCCACCGUUUUGCAGAAAAUGUUCAUGCAAGGAUUUUCCGGCGACUUAGAAGGUGCACACGCGAAGGCAACACAGUUAGCCGGGGAAGCGGUGGCUAACAUGAGAACAGUGGCUGCGUUCAACUCCGAGGCUAAAAUCGUCAAUCUGUUUACAAUAAGUCUCCAGAAGCCACUUCAUAGAUGCUUCUGGAAGGGUCAGAUAGCCGGCAGUGGGUUCGGGGUGGCUCAAUUUUUACUCUAUGCUUCUUACGCGAUCGGUCUCUGGUACGCAUCAUGGCUCGUGAAACACGGGAUCUCUGAUUUCUCAAAAACGAUCCGCGUGUUCAUGGUUCUCAUGGUCUCAGCCAACGGUGCCGCCGAAACCCUAACCCUAGCUCCUGAUUUCAUCAAAGGUGGUCGGGCCAUGAAGUCAGUUUUCGAUCUUCUGGACCGAAAAACAGAGAUCGAGCCCGAUGAGAUAGACUCGAUCCCGGUCCCGGAUCGUCUCCGGGGAGAAGUCGAACUCAAACAUGUCGACUUCUCUUACCCGUCUCGCCCAGAUAUCCCGGUAUUCCGGGAUAUCUGUCUCCGAGCUCGGGCUGGCAAGACUCUGGCACUAGUGGGCCCGAGUGGUUGUGGAAAGAGCUCGGUAAUUUCACUCAUACAAAGAUUCUACGAACCGUCUUCGGGACGGGUUAUGAUAGAUGGAAAAGAUAUAAGAAAAUAUAACUUAAAAUCAAUACGACGCCACAUGGCCGUGGUCCCACAAGAACCGUGUCUAUUCGCCACCACGAUCUAUGAAAACAUUGCGUAUGGGCACGAAUCAGCAACUGAAUCCGAGAUUAUCGAGGCUGCCACCCACGCGAAUGCCCACAAAUUCAUCUCUUCUUUACCCGAUGGUUACAAAACGUUUGUGGGGGAAAGAGGGGUGCAGUUAUCGGGAGGGCAGAAACAGAGGGUUGCGAUUGCUAGGGCGUUUUUGAGGAAAGCGGAGGUGAUGUUGCUGGAUGAGGCCACGAGUGCGCUUGAUAUGGAGUCUGAGAAGUGUAUUCAAGAGGCUCUUGAGCGGAUUUGUUCAGGGAAGACAACGAUUGUGGUGGCACAUCGAUUAUCGACUAUAAGAAAUGCUCAUGUGAUUGCUGUUAUUGAUGAUGGGAAAGUGGGGGAACAAGGGUCGCAUUCGCAUCUGUUGAAGAAUUACCCGGAUGGGUGUUACGCUAAAAUGAUACAGUUGCAGAGAUUCUCACAUGGGGAAGUGGUGGAUAUGGUUUCAGUGGGGUCAGGGUCGGGGUCGGGAUCGGGUUCUAAACGGCUAGAAGGGUAGUCAGUUAAGAUUGUCACAUUUUAAUCAUACGACAUCUUGAUUUUUGAAUUUUUUUUUUUUUUUUUUUUUUUUUUUUUUUUUUAAUAUCAUAUGGUAUAGUAAUAUUAAUAUCAAUAGUGAUAGUAUUUGUGUACCAUUUUGUGCUUAGUAAUAUUAAUAUCAAUAGUGAUGUAAUUGGCAUUUGUAUCCGAUAUAGUUCCAUUGUGCACGUGGAUGUUUUUAUUGAAA